UUCUACACGACACACGGCGAAACCGUGAAGUGAAAACUUUUUGCCGCCAUCGCUGCCCAUCAUCACUGCGCGCGCGCAAGGAUACAGUCGCCCGCAUCUGGGUUACCACUAGGCAAAUCAACAAUGGCGGACGUGGUCUCUCUCAUGGACAUCGACGAGGACGCCAAGGACAAGAACCACUUCCCCAGACCCAACAAGGGCAAAAGCGUCGUCGUCGCCGGCAAUCCACCCGACGCCAAAGCCACUCCGUGGGUCGAGAAGUACCGGCCUCAGUCCCUCGCCGACGUCGCCGCCCACCGAGACAUCAUCGACACAAUUGAUAGACUUACUAGCGAGAACAGAUUGCCGCACUUGCUUCUGUACGGACCUCCCGGAACGGGCAAGACGUCGACCAUUCUGGCUGUGGCUCGCAAGCUAUACGGGGCGCAGAUGCAUAACAUGGUGCUGGAGUUGAAUGCAUCGGAUGAUCGCGGAAUCGAUGUCGUGAGGCAGCAGAUUCAGGAUUUUGCUAGCACUCAGAGCUUCUCCUUUUGUGGGAAAUCAUCAGUGAAGUUGGUUUUAUUGGAUGAAGCAGAUGCCAUGACAAAGGAUGCACAAUUUGCUUUGCGUCGAGUGAUUGAGAAGUAUACAAAAAACACUAGGUUUUCUCUUAUAUGUAACCACGUCAACAAGAUUAUUCCAGCUCUACAGUCAAGGUGUACUCGAUUUCGGUUUGCUCCUCUUGAUGCCAUUCAUGUUACUGAGCGACUCAAACAUGUUAUUCAGUCUGAAGAGCUCGAUGUAACUGAGAGUGGCUUAGCAGCACUGGUACGGCUUAGCAAUGGUGACAUGAGAAAGGCUUUGAACAUCUUGCAGUCAACACACAUGGCCUCUCAGCAAAUAACAGAGGAAGCAGUUUAUUUGUGCACUGGAAAUCCAUUGCCUAAAGACAUUGAACAAAUAUCUCACUGGCUUCUAAAUGAAUCAUUUGCAGUUGGUUUUAGACGAAUAUCUGAAAUAAAGGCAAGGAAAGGAUUAGCUUUGGUGGAUAUUGUAAGAGAAGUGACAAUGUUUGUCUUUAAGAUCAAGAUGCCAUCAGAUGUUCGUGUUCAGCUAAUCAAUGACAUGGCUGAUAUUGAGUACAGGUUGAGUUUUGGGUGCAAUGAUAAGUUGCAGCUUGGAUCACUUUUUUCUACCUUUGCACGCGCUCGUUCUGCCUUGGUUGUUGCUGCAAAGUAGUCGAGUUGUUAGAUUUGUGCAUUUUGCAUUCUCUAGCUCCUCCCAUCUGUAUGGUUUCUUCAUUCUCCAGUGGCUUAAAGUAAAUAGUUACAAUAUGCUUAUUUGUUUUUUGGGUCUGAAGCUGGUUAAUUUAAUUAUGCCCAUUUUCCUGUAAUUCACAAAUGCAAGCUUGAAGACAGUGAAGCUCUAGUUUUCCCCUUUCUUUGGAAAGGUUCCAA